GGAGCGAAGGAGGUCGAAAUUUAAAUCGCGCCUCGAGGCGUGGACUAGUUCAAGAGUAGAAGUGUUGUGUGUAGCGGCGGCGGCGGCGUGGUUGCUGGUAAGAAGGGAGGCAACGGAGUGUGCUCUGUCCGAAAAGAUUUGUGAGUAUCCUUCUGUAAUCGACCACAAUGUCUGCCAACGAGAACAUGAGUGGAACUCCUGCUGCCCGUUUGAACAGAUUCAAGAAUAAGGGGAAGGACUCUACGGAAAUGAGGCGACGGAGGAUGGAAGUCAGCGUAGAGCUGAGGAAAGCCAAAAAAGAUGACCAACUGCUUAAAAGAAGGAAUGUUGGCACUUUCCCUGAUGAGGCCACUUCACCUCUGCAGGAAAACCGGAGCAAUCAGGUCACUGCCCACUGGUCUGUUGAAGAAAUUGUCAAAGGCAUUUACAGUAAUAAUACAGAACUCCAAUUGCAGGCUACCCAGGCUGCCAGGAAACUGUUGUCCAGAGAGAAACAGCCCCCCAUUGACCAGAUAAUCCAAGCUGGCUUGCUUCCAAAGCUUGUGUCCUUCUUGGGAAGAGUGGACUGUAGCCCUAUUCAGUUUGAAUCUGCUUGGGCCCUGACCAACAUUGCCUCCGGCACAUCUGAUCAGACAAAAGCUGUGGUAGAUGGUGGAGCAAUACCUGCCUUCAUUUCCCUGUUGGCUUCUCCCUACACUCACAUCAGUGAACAAGCUGUGUGGGCUCUGGGAAACAUUGCGGGUGAUGGUUCCUCCUACCGAGACUUGGUAAUUAAAUAUGGGUCACUGGAUCCACUGUUGGCGCUGCUUGCUGUUCCUGAUCUCUCUUCUAUACCUCUUGGCUACUUGCGCAAUAUAACCUGGACCAUAUCAAACCUGUGUCGUAACAAGAACCCUGCACCACCACUAGAUGCUGUUGAGCAGAUCCUUCCUACAUUGGUUCGGCUACUGCAUCACCAUGACCCAGAAGUUCUGGCAGAUACGUGCUGGGCUGUUUCUUAUUUGACUGACGGUUCAAACGACAGAAUUGAAAUGGUGGUAAAAACAGGACUGGUUCCACAGCUGGUGAAACUUCUAGGACGUGGAGAAAUCCCAAUAAUGACACCCUCCUUAAGAGCUAUAGGAAACAUUGUAACUGGUACUGAUGAACAGACUCAGAUUGUAAUAAAUUCUGGUGCACUUGCUGCGUUUCCUGGCCUUCUGACUCAUCACAAAACAAACAUCCAGAAAGAAGCAGCAUGGACUGUGUCGAACAUCACAGCUGGUCGCCAGGACCAAAUCCAGAUGGUUGUGGAUAAUGGACUUAUCCCACAUCUCAUUGGUAUACUGAAAAAGGGUGACUUCAAAUCACAGAAGGAAGCUGUAUGGGCUGUGACCAACUACACAAGUGGUGGAACAAUUGGCCAGAUCAUAUACCUUGUUCAGGCUGGUGUGCUUGAGCCGUUGUUAAAUCUUUUGGUGGUUAAAGAUGGCAAAACUGUGCUGGUCAUUCUGGAUGCCAUCACUAACAUUUUUAUGGCAUCUGAGAAAAUCAAUGAAACUGAAAAGCUCUGCAUCAUGAUUGAGGAGUGUGGUGGCCUGGACAGAAUUGAAGCUUUGCAGUCUCAUGAAAAUGAAGAUGUGUAUAAAGCUGCUGCAAAUCUGAUUGAGAAGUAUUUCUCAUCAGAGGAAGAAGAGGAUGGAAACAUUGUCCCAGAGUCUAGUUCUGAUGCUUAUGCUUUCCAGAUUCAAGAUGGUACUGACACCUUCAAUUUUUAAAUGGUCUACGACAGAUGAACAACCUCUACUCUGAUCUUACUUCUUCCACUAAUCUUGUGUACUGCCUUUUUAAAUGUGAAGUAGCACUUUGUUACAUCUGAAACUACUUGAAAUGUUCACCGUACGGAGCUUCCUUUACCAACUGUUUGUCCUUUAUAUAAAUGUAUAUUCUCUACCUCUUUCUGAAUAACCUGUCGAAGGAUUUUCUUGUGUUCUUCAUAUUGUGUUCGGGAGACUGGAAAAGCAUGUAAGUCUCAAUCUCCUGAUGGUUGCCCACUCAACCCUUCAUGCUGGUUUGUAGAAUUGAAGUGGGCAGAGCAACAUUUUGGCAAAAUCUCCCUGAGAGCUUAGUCUGCUUUGGAGAGGACCCUUCAGCCUCUUUCAUGAAAGUGUUUUAAAAAUUGGAAUAAAAAUUGUGUAUAACUCAA